GGAUGAGUAUCCAGAGAAAGACGAGCGCGCCAGACCACUGGGGCCCACGGUGUAGCCCAGCCUUGAACACUCCAAACAAAAUAAACAAUAGCAGGGCAAGAGUGAGAAAUGUCCACACGAGCAUGUGCUUUCUGUUCAAGCGUUCAGCGAGCACGAUGUAAGCGACCACACCAGCGAUGGCCGAAAACGUCACCGAGUACAUUCCAUGCUCCAUAUUGUCUCUCAGGACAUGGUGAAUCGUGGCGGUGGCUAUGGUGCCGUUCUGGUACAUGCCCUUGAUGACCUCCAGACUCUCGUACAUCCCGUUGGUGCUAUUGUAUCCCCAGACCGUUGUGUUGAAGACGUCGGAAUUUGUUUGCCACCAGGGCGCUGUGGCGCUGUGUCGUAUCAGAGAUGGUGCCCAUAUCUGCGCAAGUGUGCCUGGGCUGUUGAAUCCCAUGCCGUAGCUUGUUAAAGACGUCAGCGUACAAUGACUGUUAC